GGUAGUGUUAGUAGAGGUUGGUCACUAACCAGUAUUGUUGUCUCAGCACUGGAGUACCCUGGCAGUGGUGGUGGUGGUGUUGGUAGAGGCUGGUCACUAACCAGUAUUGUUGUCUCAGCACUGGAGUACCCUGGCAGUGGUGGUGGUAGUGGUGGUGGUGGUGCUGGUAGGGGCUGGUCGCUAACCAGUAUGGUUGUCUAAGCACUGGAGUACCCUGGCAGUGGUGGUGGUAGUGGUGGUGGUGGUGUUGGUAGAGGCUGGUCACUAACCAGUAUUGUUGUCUCAGCACUGGAGUACCCUGGCAGUGGUGGUGGUAGUGGUGGUGUUGGUAGAGGCUGGUCACUAACCAGUAUUGUUGUCUCAGCACUGGAGUACCCUGGCAGUGGUGGUGGUAGUGGUGGUGGUGGUGUAGGUAGGGGCUGGUCGCUAACCAGUAUUGUUGUCUCAGCACUGGAGUACCCUGGCAGUGGUGGUGUUAGUGGUGGUAGUGGUGGUGGUGUUGGUAGAGGCUGGUCACUAACCAGUAUGGUUGUCUCAGCACUGGAGUACUCUGGCAGUGGUGGUAGUGGUGGUGGUGGUGUUGGUAGAGCCUGGUCACUAACCAGUAUUGUUGUCUCAGCACUGGAGUACCCUGGCAAUGGAGGUGGUAGUGGUGGUGGUGGUGUUGGUAGAGGCUUGUCACUAACCAGUAUUGUUGUCUCAGCACUGGAGUACCCUGGCAGUGAAGUGAUCAUCGAGCUGCACCAGUCAAUGUUCGUCUCAUCUUACUGCCCCGCCGAUCUUACCGCCUUCCCUUUCGACGUCCAGCUGUGUGUGGUUCCGGUGGCACUGGUGGGCCACGGAACGCCAAGUGUCGACAAGGAACACCUGGUCAUCACUGGAGGGGGUCAGAUGUUACCCGUGUUUCGUUUACUUCCUCUGCGCUGCGGGUUUAACCCCGUUGAGCCCAUGGAGGUGUUGAUGGUGAUGGUGCUGGAACGUCGUAGUGAAGCCUUCCUGCUGUCAGCUGUGGGUCCGUGUCUGGUGUUGGGACUCCUUGGUCACCUCUCCUUCCUGGCCUUCCCUCUCAAUCACUUCAGCGAGAGGGCCAACACCUCCCUCUCACUCCUCAUCGUCGUUGCUGCCCUUUUCUCUCAGUCGGUGAGUACGCUACCAGCCUCGGCGUCGCCAAAGGCCAUUGACGUGUGGUUCUUCUAUUUUAUCCUCCGCUUCUUCCUCUUCUUCGUGUGUCACUGCCUGGUGGAGUUCCAGAGGCGGAGGGUGUCGGCCUCGCCUCGUCAUGACCAGCACACAGGUAGAGGAGGAGGAACGCUUGAAGGAGAGAAGGAAGGUAUGGACGCCUUGUUUGUACCCGGAGGGAAGGCUCCUGUAGAGCCGACUUCAUCUUCGUCAGCAUCUCAAAAGACCCGCACUGACAUGUGCCACAAGAGGUUCCCGAACAAACAGCUGACAGCAGGUACGGGUGAUAGAGAAACAGAUGCUUUCUAUUGAUUUACUGAAGGAAGCUUAUUCCCAAGGCGAAACGUCUCAAUAAAAAUCCUCACCGUAAUUGUGUCUAAUUUGAUGAAGUCCCUGGUGACUGAAACGUCUUCGUAAAUAAAGUGUCAUAACUCGGUUUGUGUGUCUCAGCUGCACUAU